AGUUAUUCGAAGAAAAAGAGACGCGGAUUCGGAUGACGACUUUAUGACUAAACCAAGUGAAUGUGGACACAGCAAGAAAUGCUUCAGAUACGGAGCGGACGGUUGUGGUCAUAUGGGAUGCAAAUACUUCCUGUCUUACAACGUAUCCGGGAACGCGCUCGACAUGGAGAUGAGCGCGCGUACUUCCGGUUGGGUCGCCGUUGGCUUCUCCUCCGAUACCCGAAUGGGCGGUGAUGACGAGGUCAUACUGUGCUCCACGGUAAAAUCAACCCAGUCUGGCGAACCGGAAGUACAAGCUGCCACAUACGUCAAUACGUUCCCAUAUGUCUUGCCAAUCAAGAAUAAGGGAACGGAAAUAGUCACAGUCGUACAGGGCAAGAAUGAGGACGGUUACAUAUAUUGCCACAUCAGACGGCCCCUCAGUGCCGAUAAAUACAUGGACCUAACCAACGGCUGGUAUCAGCUGUAUGCCUUUGGGCCUGUGUUGAUUGGAGGGGAUAUUGAAAAACAUUCCGAAACACCGAAGAUAUCGGUGAAAAUUUCGCUGUUGCAACAAAUGAACGAGUUUAUAAACUGUGCAAGUCUGCCUGCUUUAAGUAUAAGUAUUUUUGGCUUUGUAAUUGUCGCAGUUUUAAUUAAUUAAAAAUCAGAGUAUGUUGGCGUUUGUUUUGAAAUUUUAAUGGCAAAUUAUGGUGAGUUUUCUUUGUACUCAGUUUAUAAAUGCAUUCAAAUUGCUGACCGUCUGCGCAUAACUUGUUGACGGUGUGCGGAUAACUUGUUGACGGUGUGCACAUAACUUGCUUUCGGUGUGCUAAUAACUUGCUGACGGUCAGCGCAUAACUUUUUGACUGUGUGCGCAUAACUUGAUAACGGAGUGCGCAUUUGAUGAUAACAUUGUCAUUUUUUUCAACUCAAUCUUAAAUGGUUUAUAUAUGAUUUUAAAAUAUUUGAUGUUUCAUUCUUAAUUGGAUGAAUUAUAAGAAAAACAAAUGUGUAUGUUGUUUUAAUCAUUUUGCACUGAUGAAUUUAUUAACAGUAGUGGUAUGAGUGGAUCGUAAGAUAUCAUAUACACAAUUUAAAUUCUGGUGAACAAAUACUCUGUAUAUUUUCGGCUCUAAGUUUAAAUGCUUUAAUAAAAAAGUUAGCAAGGCGUAUCAAUAUAGAUUUUUUGGUCCCAUUCAAUAUUUGUAAGAAAUGAAGCGUGCUUUGUCUUUUCAGAUAAAUAAAGUUUAGGUAUGCAUGGCCCGUUAUUGA